GUCUUAAAAGGAAAUGGGAAAAGGAGAGUAAAGGCAGACAGGGACUUUGUGCAGAGGAAGAGAGUGUUGGAGUUGUUGGGUGUUACUGAAUUUCGGAAUUGUGGAAAGACAGGCCUGGAAGAAAAGGCCUGCAACAUCAAAUCUCACCUCCAAACAUAGCAAACCUUAGCAAUUCACAAUACUGUUCCCAUCCUCAUCUUCUCUUUAUAUCACUACAUACUAUAAACACAAACCCCCCCCACCACCACACCCUCUGCACAGAAUCUUGAUUAUCAGUACAAACACAAUUGCAGUUUCCACUUUCGACCACCUGCCUAUUUUUACAUGUACAAUCGAAAAGAGGAGGUGGGAUUGUGAUUUGGGCUGGUGUAAGAACUUUUUUCCAGGGUGUUUUUUUGGCUUAAAAAGCUGUUGCAUGGGGCGCCUAAAACCAGAAUCCAGGAGAGUCUGAAAUUCCUGUCCUGUCAAGCCUGAAAUCAGUCCCCAUGGGUUACUGCUGGAGAAGCAGUAGUACAAGUGGGUUGAAGCCCUGCAAAACACUCCGCUUUUACGCUGUAAUCUGCUGUUUUUGCUGCUUCUGCUUAUGCGUCCAUGGAAUUUACGCUAUGAACAGCGACCCAACAUCUCGGUCGGAAACCAGGAACAUGUUGAGUCUUCAAGCUGAUAAUUGCUUUCAGAAUUCAGAGAGAAAUAAGAUUCGGAAGAUGGUCAUAGGAGUUAGAGGAAGCACGAGGGGGGCAAGAAGGCUACUUGGCGGACUGGGAUCAUCGCCUCCUCGUUGUACUUCAAAAUGCGGGGAAUGCACGCCGUGCAAGCCGGUGCAUGUGCCGGUGCCGCCUGGGACGCCGGUGACUACGGAGUACUACCCGGAGGCUUGGAGAUGCAAAUGUGGCAACAAACUAUACAUGCCCUAACUCAGUGUCUAGGCAGCCUCUACAGUUUUUCAAGUGCAGUACUAGCUAUUAUUUGCCUUGAGCAACAGAGAAUAGUGCAUUGACCCAUAUAGUGCAAAUCUUACUACUAUAGUUUUGAUUAUUUGAUUAAUUAAUAUGUGGCUAUAUUCUUGUAAAGUAUUUAGGGUGUUUUUCAUGCUACUCUCGCAGAAAUUGUUGGAUUUCCUCAUUAUAUUAUAGUACGUAUAAAAGUGAAAUUAAUUAAUA